GCUCGGUUCACCUCCACGCGUGACGUGGCUCUCGCUCAACCCACACCACAUCCAUUUCGCUACCAACAGCGCACAUUAUUACGCUAGUAUUUGCCGCAAUGUACGCUGCCACUGAUUUCCUGGACGCUGUUCGUCAGUUGAAGAUUGACCGAGACACCUGGCAGGCAGUUGCAGCCCAGUACAAAGCCGCUUUCGAAGCUCAAACUGCUCGACUGCAGCAGUUGCAGGACGUUUGCUUCGCUACACAGGCUGAGUUGGAGAACGACCGCGCACAGUAUCGUCUUCUGAAUUCGAGCCUUCAUGGUACACCGCGUGAACGCCCGCGCGCCUCUGACAGCGACGACGAAGGUAUUGAAAACCAGCCCUUUGGCACUGCGAUCCUUCUAUCACCAAGCCGCAUCGAAGUUGGCUGGAGGCUCAAGUCACUGACAGAUAAUGGAAACCCAAUCUUCAAACGGGUGGAACAGUAUGCAUCGCAGCGGAACUAUGGCACAGCCCUUGUGGAGAUCGAAAGACUGUUGCGCGGCCCAUUGAGCUCCAAAGCCCGUACCGAAGGGCUACUUGUGAAAAGUAGUAUUCUGCAGGCGACAGGUCCUGAUUCUCUCUACGACGCUCUUGCAGCUUGUAGCGAGGCUCUCGAGCUGUGCGAUCGUGCACCCGAAUUUCAGACUCUGUUACCGAAGAUUCAGUAUCAGCGCGGUCUUUACUACUAUCAACUACGUAUGCUCCAACAAGCCCGGGAAGCUUUCAGAUCAGUGAGCGAGGAUAGCCUGCUUUUCGAACGAGCCAACGAGUAUCGCCAAUCAUGCGACGACGAGCUCGAAAUGCUUCGGUUCGACCGCCGCUCUGCCUUUGACGAGAGUCGAACGAUGACUGACAGCGUCCUUGCGCAGCUAGGUGAUGGGUCAUCGUUUGGAAGACUUCGGCGUACGAGCGCACAGCUGAGACUUCGUGCUACGCAGAAAGCAAAGCGAAUGUCCCUACCGCAUCGAUGGGGGUAUUCGACAACUGAAAUAUCAUCCACGACCGACGAGACAUGAUUCAGAUCGGGCUUACUCGUUUGAGACAUACGGGCAGCUUUGCAUGACGAAAGAAGAAUUAACACAAACAAUGUUCAAUGUCUCGCUGUGCGAGGUUUGGGGAAUCAAACACAUAAUGCAUCCAUACAGCUAGCUAUUGCGAACAGUGCUACGACAUUGUGUGCACUCAACUUGGACUGAUCAGUGGUAUCUAUUGUAAUUCGACUCUUAGUGCUGCAUGUUCGCAAACUGCACGUUUGAUUUAGUUUUGUUGUCCCUCAACUACUCCACAUCGACACCGUAAACCAAAUAUCCGGUAAUGAACGCAUAC